CAGCGUGCGACUUGUUUUGCCCGAACGCCACAUUAGGGUUUCCUACUUCCGGGCGCACCAUGGCUGACGCCGCCGCCGCCUUUCCUCUUACCUUCUUCUUCCUAUCCGACUACACCCAACCAAACUGAAGGCCGGCGGCCUCCAUGGCGAGCUCCACCGCAGAUCCAGAUCCAGCCGCAUCUUCCACUCCUCUUCACCCGUCAAUCCUCUUCGACGCCCAUGCCUACAUCGGUGACCGCCCCAACGGUACCACUGCGGAAGAAUUGACGAGCAGCAAUCGUUCCAUCCAGGUGUCCAUUUGGGCUGCUGCGCCGCCGAGCCCCUCCCGCUUGUUCGUGCACAUCCCCAACCUGGACCCCGACUUGUUCUGCGAUGAGGCCCAUAUUGUGUGCAGCGCCGAUGGCGUUCUCCUCCUCCGCGUCUGCAUCGUCUGGCCCAAAAUUCCAUUGCAGAAGAAGAAGAAGGAGGAGGACUACUUCAUCUACCGGUACCAGGCUGGACGGCCGUCGCUUCGGCGGCUCCCUAAGCCCCUCCCCUUCAAUGACGACGAAGCUGGGCUCCUUCCCCGUGGUGAGCACUUCACAAUCGCUGUGCUAUCCGUGUCUCUAAACGGGUUCAACCUCCAAUUGUUCAAGUCUGAGACCUGGAACUGGACCAAUGUCAGCAAAGUGCCAGUAGUGACAAAGCAGAGACCAUUUCCUAUCCAAAUCCCCAGGAACGCUGCUCGGCUCAACAUGCAUAUUACAACCACGGUGAUCACGCUUGGAGGUAAAGGUGGCACAAUGGGCUGGGUUGAUCUCUGGCGCGGUAUCCUGUUUUGUGAUGUGUUAAGCGCCACCCCCACACUCCGUGGUGUUCCCUUGCCGCUGCCGUCUGCCUUGAUCAAUCACCACAAGGGAAUCGACGGCUGCCCUAAGCCAAAUAGGGGCAUUGCUGUUGUUGAUGGUUGCCUCAGGAUGGUUGAAUUGGAUGUUCAUGGUGAAAUACUUCCUAAUCAUGACCCUGAAACUGGGCUCCAUAAUUUUAGAGUCGAUAACUGGGAGCUCUGCAUGUAUACCAACAGGAGGAUCACUGGUGCUUGGGAGGAUUGGCAAUUGGAGCACAGAGUUGAAGCUUCUAACAUCAAUAUUGACCCAGCAAUGCAUUGGAAAUUACGGCAUUCGGGAUUGCUCUAUAAUAAAACAGAGGAAGGCAAAGAAAGGAAGUUGCAGAACCUCCUCCCAUGUCAACCUACUCUCAGCCUGGAUGAUCAAGGUGCUGUUUACUUGCUGACCAAGGUCAAAUUCAUGCAACCUGAGGCUUGGGUUCUUGCUGUUGAUGUUAAGGGCAACAAAAUACAAGCACUGGCUGAGUUUGGCAUUGACAGAACAUUGGGUUUAUCCCUCGCGUAUUGUCCUAGUAGGAUCUCCAGUUAUAUGGAUGCAUGAACUACUCCAGCAGGGGUUUGUGCUAGUUCCUUGGAUGCGGUACCAGGUAGCAACUUAGGACGCUUGAUGAACCAGUCAGAGCAAGUUGACGAUGGGAAAUCAAGUGCAGCAUAAAUAUGUUAUACUGAAGGUAUGGUGCAUUGCAUCAAAGAUCUCAAAGGUGUGUUACUUUGUAACCACGCUGGGGACAUUUUUUGGCCUGUAAUGUUGGAGAAAAUAUUCUCUAUAUUCGCUACUCUGAAUUUGAACCUACUCGAAUGCUGUCCAGAUUAUUUUUGUGAUGUUGCAUGAAAAUUA